AUGGGCUGCAGUGCCAGCCAGCCUCGGGGAUCUGUGACAAGACGCCUCGAGGGCCUUUCCGCCUCCGCUGCACGCGAGCUGUUGCUGCGGGAGCUCCGACAAGGCUUAGCCGCCGAUGAGCCAGACUCUUCCGGAGAGCUGCCGUUGGCAGCUGUCCUCCGACUUGAUCAACCCUGCCCCGCCCUGGAAGUGCUUCUAAAGGCAGGGGCUUCUGCGAGCGACUCGCGCAUUGCCGAUGCACUCUUUGCACGCCUACGGCUUCAACGACCGGAGAAUAGAAAUACAGUGCAGCUGCUGUUGGAGAGUGGCCUGGAUGCCAACUUGGCGGACAGCAGCCCUGGGUGCUCCAGUGAGACGCUGCUCAUUGCUACAGUCCGGGCAGGAGAAGAUGGGUUGGUGGAGGACCUUCUGGCUGCCGGGGCAGAUGUAAAUGGAGCAGAUCAGCAUGGCAACACAGCACUACAUGUCGCUGCGGCCAAAGCCAGCGAGGCUGUCGCAGAAAUUCUGCUCCGAAGAGGUGCAAGUGCUACGGUGAAGAAUGCAGAUGGGCAUUCGGCAGUAUUGUCAGCCCGCCUAGGGGCAAUUGCGCCGGCACUGCGGCUUUCCCCAGCAGGAGGAUGGGCCGCGAAAGAGGUCGUGUCAGCCAAGGUGCCUGGAAAGCUGGACGGUCGCGUUUUGGACGUCGGGGAGGAGGUCUGGAGAUGUCCCAUAUCCAAAGAGUGCUGGACGGGGUCUGCUUCUCCUCCGACAGCACCAAGGAAUCACCAGGUGGCAGCGAUGCUGGCGCAAGCAGCUGGAGAUGCGUACAGCCUGGCCGAUGCCGUCGAAGGGGCAUGGCUCGCUGGGCAGGCACCGCCCAUGAAGAGUCAAGAGGAGGUGCACCCAGCCAUCAUGCAGUGCAUCAUCAUGCUGGUGCAAGUGCUUCAGAAAGAGCUUCGCGCUGCCCUCGAGGUGCGUGAUAGGGAAAGACUCUCAGCCGGCUUGGAGAUGCUGCGCUACGCAAAGGUCGCCCAACUGCCUGAAGAAGAGCCUGCCAUUAGGACGCUUGUGGCAAUCGAACUGGAGGCCGCGAUCGCAGCGCGCAACGAGCUCGAGCUGAAACAGGGGAAGCGGGGAAUAAAAGCGGAGGCCAUCCUGAGCGCGCAACAGUACGAGCAGACCGGUUCAAGGCUCUACAAGGAUGCGGAGGAUGCCUUGCAGACGGUGCUGGAAGAGAAGCGGGUGGAGCAGAUCGGAAGGCAGCUUGCGGACGCCGCCACCAGAGGUGAUUUGGAGAUGUUGCACAGCCUGCUGCAGGCUGGCAAGACGAGUCCUGGAGGCUCCCUGCUGACCGAACGGCCAGAGUUUAUGGAAGCGGAGGUGGCGCUCAAGAAGGGCGUCCGCCAAUCGCUUCAACGAGCCAUCGCGACCUGUAGCCGAAAAGCCGUACGAAAGGCAUGUGCUGAGGCCGAAAAAUACGGCUACUCAGAUUUGCCUGAGUACACGCGGCUGGUGGAUUUGCAAAGGCAGCUCAGCUUGCAGAACCUGCAAGACGCAAUGGCAAGAAGAGAUCAGGAAGCUUUGCGCGCGACGCUGCAAGAAAUGAUCGAGGAGGAUGUGGACGUCCAUGCCUGGGCUUCACAGGAGCCGAAGUUCCAAGAGGCGAUCAAGGUCUACAAGGAGCUGCUGGGCCUGCCUCCGUACUUCGAGAAUGAACAGGUCCUGAGCAAAAUCUCCAAGAGCAGCGUCAAGAAGGAACUGCUGCAAAACACCCUUUGCGAGGUGUUCCAAGAGCUGCUCGAUGCAACGUACCGACGCGUGAGGACAAAGGACCGGAGAGGAGACGUGCCGUCACGGUUGAUCGUCAAGGAAGCCGUGGUUGUAAAGAAUCUGCCGAACUUUGUGGAAUACGUGCGAAGACGAGAGGAGAUUCGGAAACAAUGCCAAGAGCGUCCCCUUCCGUCCACGCUCCUCAAUCAGCUGGAGAGCAGAUCUGUGUGCAAGACAUUUGCUGCCUUGCCCAGUGGGAAGCCGUUCCACCAAGUUUGGAGAGAGUCUCACGACCUUCCGAACGAUCCCAUUGAUGCCGGCAUCAACGAAUUUUACCUUUUUCACGGCACAAAGCCCUCGUCGGCUUUGGCAAUAGCAGAAGGUGAUUUUCGUCUCGACCUGGCCGGUUCAAACGCUGGGACUCUUUACGGAAGAGGCCUCUACUUCAGUGAGAGCACCGGCAAAAGCGACGAGUACGCGACUGAAGACAGCCGAGGGCUUUGCUGCAUGUUGGUUUGCCGCGUAACUCUGGGCCGGCUACUGUACACAGACGAAGAAUAUCCGAACACAAAUGACCUCGUCAGGCAAUGUACCAGAGGCGAAAACCAUUCCGUACUGGGAGAUCGUGAGAAGAUCCGCAACACGUUCCGCGAGAUGAUCGUGUACGACACACACCAGGCCUAUCCGGAGUUCGUCGUGUGGUACUCGCGAGAAAUGUGA